GCAAGACAGAGGCCAUCGCCGAAGGUUCGCCUGACGGUGGAGGAGAGUAAUUUUCGACACCGUGGCCCUGGGAAGAGCAUCAACGGCAAACUCUGGGUGGGACAAGGCAGUCCGAGUGGGGAAGAUUGGGCGGGCAAUUCUAACGCUCGUCUGCAAGCGGCGGGGGACAUGUCCUGCGAUAUCAGCGCAUCCGGGCAGCAUCGCCGGUGGGGAGUGGGGGAGUUCGCGCCAGCUCCAAGCUGUGAACGCCGACGCUGCCGCUCCGACACAUCGGGCCAUGGACACCUCCAUGAGGGUUACUGCAAUUUCAUCGAAGAGACAGGCAGAGGAGAGAUUGGAAAGAGAGAUGUCCAAUCCCACUGCAGGCGAGAGCAGUAGCAAAGGCAGCAUGACGCUAGAAGCUCGAGACGAGCUACGGGUUGCCGGCCAAGGCAUGAGCUUCUCUCCGUCGCUUGAAGCUCACCAGCAGCCGUCUAAGGCCCUCGAAGCCGCUCGUCACACACAUGGCACUCACGGCAUGGAUCAAGAGAACGUUGUCAUGCCUCCUGAUGCAUCAGGCCAGCUCUCCACUCGAGGCGCCAGCGAUGAUUUCCAAGGCGGUGCGCUCAUGUCGCUGCCAACAGCACACGGCUCUCUGUGGGCUCCGAAAGGCAAAGCAUCUUCGGCUCUCUUGCAAAGCACCCAGCAGCCAGGGUACGUGCACGGUCUUCAGACCUACGUAGGAGGCUUGCAGAUGAGCAUGUCGAGCACGCGGACCGGCCUGCAUGAGGCAGAGCCCUUUUCUGCGUCUCCGUCCGCGUUCAUGGACGAGGAUGUGGCGCGCAUCUUGCAAGAAGAGCUGGACAAGCGCAGCCAGAAGCGCAAGGAGCGGUCUGCAUCACCCACAGCCGUCAUGGGCACGAGCGCGAGCAAGGACAAGGGUUCAAAGGCGCUAUCGAGCAAGGCGAGAGGCAAGCAGCGACGAAUCGAUUCCUACGCGUUCGCUGCUCUGCCACUGGCUGCAUCAGCGCCAUCAUCGUCAUCACAGACACCAUGCCCGGAGACGGCAACGGCACCUGCGCCAAAGGACGACUUCGUGCGCAACUCGGGGUGCCAGGCCGUAUCUAGCAGCCUAGGGACAGGCACAGGCACAGGCACAGUUCAUGCGCACUCGUCUCUCAGCCUAGGGCCCUGGACAGCGAACGCGAUGAACAGCGGCAUCGGCCUGGCCCCUCCGGAACGGCCCGUCGACUCUCUGUUCCCGUUGCCGAAGCACGUGCACGACGCCAAGAGCACGCGCGACACCGCGCAGCGGAUCAGCUACGAUGUCGGCGCCAUACAGCAUGCCGGCAGGUAUGAUGAUGGAGGCAAGGACAGCCAGGAGGGUGAAGCGGCGUUCGCUGAUAGCGCCAUGCAUGUCAAUUCAACCGGAAACAAUGAUGAAGAAGACGAAGAAGACGCGAUCGACCGUGAGCGGCAAGAGGAGCGUGAGCGCGAGCUGCGCCAGGGAAGGGAUGCGACAGCAAGAAGCGAGGAUGUAGAGCUGGAGAGGCUCCUGCGAGUCGCUAAGCGGGAAGCCGAUCUGGAUCUCUACAAAGCUUUCCGCAGGUCUACCUCCCUCCAAGCUCAGCAAGUCCAGCAUGCAGGGAGCGAUGCGAGGUCGCGGCAGUCCACACGACAGCACUCGGCGGACAGCGUCAGCUCCGACCAGCGAGGCAGCGCGAGCUCGGGAUCUACCGCUAGGGAGGGAUCGGCGCCUGGCGCGCUCCAAGCGCCAUCUCCGCCGCCGCUAUUGACAGCCGCAGCACGCAGGUUGCAGGUGCGCAUCGAGAACGGUCUGCCGGCCGUCAGCCCCGGCUGGCAUGUGCCCGAGAGCGGUCUGCAAAGCUCGUACGUCGGCGGUGCGGGCGUUGGCGCUGGCGUGAGCGUGAACGGAAGCGUCAGCCAUACGCCGCGGACGAGCACCAUACAAUCCAAUGCUGCAGACACAUUCUACCCUUCCUCCUCUUCUGUGGCAACAAACAACUCAACCGCAUCCGAUGCUCGAGAGCGCGCACCACAGCUGCUGCACCAGCAUGCGCUACCCUUGCGCGAGGAAGAAGGAUAUGUCCCACUCUGCUCCUUCCCUGGAGGGCGCAUCCCAGAAGCUCUCAAACCCAGGCUGCGCGAAAGCUUGGGUCUCAGGCCACUAGAUGAUAUCUUGAAGGAGAUUCAAAGUCGUACAGCAGGCAGCAGACAUCUGCGCAAAAGGCGUCGUCUAGACGCAACAGUACUAAUUGGAGCAGGCUCUCCGACAAGACUUCCACCUUAUCGCGAGCGACUGGAGUAUACGGUCAGGGCAUCGCCUGCGACAAAGCCGUCGCAGAGCAUAUCUCUCCCUCACCGCCCACGCGCUCGCCUUUGCCGACGCUUGGGAACACCAUGGCACGCGCACCGUCCUCGUCGGAGCAGCAUGAAGUGGAAGAUGAGGUGGUGGGGGAGAAACUGGGGGAGGAGAACACCGUGGAGGAGGAGGUGGUGGUGGUGCAGCAUGCGCCAGUCGCGUUGCCCAUCACUGCCUUGUUAAACGCGGCCGGCAGUACGGAUGCGUCGAAUGAUGCCAAGAUC